UAAAUAAAUAAAAAAGGUAUUUUUACACUCGUCUUUUAUCAAUAAAUCGCAAUGAGGUUUCAGUUCAAUAUGCUACUUCUUAGUUUACACUACUCUUAAGAAACACUGAAUUAGGUAUGAAGAAAACACUUAUGCUUCAUAGUUGACUUUUGGAACGCUCCAAUCUUUUAAAGAUUUAAUGUUUAAAUCCUUUGUUAGAUAGUCAAACAGUCAGUUAGUUAUUCCCUUAUAUUUCUUUCACGUUAACUGAAGAGUGAAAGCUCAAUAAUGAAGAACAAGCAAAUUGUUUCUGCUACUUUGUCUGCGUACCAAAUAUCAAACCUACUCAAAGUAACCCUGAUAAAUACGUCGUUAAUUGAAUUAAAGUUUCUCAUUAUCUCCAGUAUUUUUUCAGUUGAAAUGGUUAUUGUCACAGUACUACUUCACUAUUUUGAUUUCAAGAUGGUAAUCAGAGAGAAAUACUGGCUGACAUAUGUUCUAAUCGGUUGCUCCGUUCUGUCCUCGCUUUUAAUAGCCUUUGUACAUGGUUUGCGAGCAAAAUUUCCAGCUAAUUACAUAAUACUGUUUCUUAACACACUUCUACUUUGUUACGCAUUCAUACCACCCAUACUGGAGAUUGAAAUCACAUAUAUUUUGGUGUCUUAUUUCAUUUCGGGAGUGAUUCUAUAUACCAGUAUACUUUUGGGAACGCGAAUCAAGAAGAAGUUUUUCUAUCGUUGGUUUGUGUAUUUACUAGUUAGUUGGGUUGUGGCAUCAUGUCUUACCUCAAUUAUUCUAUAUUAUUUGCAGUUAAAAGAGGUGCUAUAUCACUUCAUGGGAGCUGUAUUUAUUCCGUUCCUUAUAGCGCUCCUCCUGCGUAUUGGACAGCUGUUAGUGAUGGAGCAUUCAGAACGCAUGUUUGGCUCUCAUUUUAUAUUGGGUUCACUUGCAUUGACAUUCAUAUUUCUGAUGUUGUUUUAUUCAGUCGCUAUUCAUUUCUGUUCUUUCAAAAAUUCUUCUGAUAAAAAGGAUUCACUUUUCUCAUUUUUAUUAUCGGAUAGUAUCCCACUUUUUUAACCACAUUUCCACAUUCAUCUAGUUGUCAUGUGAAUCAUUUAAAAGUUGUAUCAGUAUUUACAAACAUAAUAAUUAUACAUUGAGAAUUUCGAUGCUUCUGAAAAUCAUUCCUGUAACUAAACAAAACAGUCGAUUUGUAUUCUUUAUUUCUACCAGAAUAAUGUGCAUCAAUUUCCCAGUCUGAAACUUAUAUCCCAUCACUCUGUGAAAUGCUAAUUUAAUAACAUCAUUUAGAAUUGCGUACACUUUAGACAGGAAGAUGAAUCUGUUGAUGUUAUACAUGAACAUUUUCGGAUAUUAGUUGUCGAAUGUGUGAUCCUUCUCUUGGUGAUCUUUCUCACAACUUCCUCUAACACUGAUCAGUUUCUACAUGCUGAUUCCUAUAGUUUGUGAAACUUCGUUUUCUUCAAUAUGAAGAGUAAUCAGAUUUUCAAG